CUGAUGACGUUACGAGUAGUCGUCUAAUGAUGACGUCCCACGAAAUCCAAUUUGCUAUCAGGGAAGCAAGCAAUAGAAGUCGUGCUGUUACUAAUAUCUUUAAACGCUUUGUUUUUUAAAAACAUUUUUUUAUAAACUGGUAUUGUAAGAAGUGCAAUAUGGCUGAAUUAGAGAUUGGAGAACAUUGUGGAUUCGAGCACUGUGGUCAGUUAGAUUUUCUUCCAUUUAUAUGUGAUGGCUGCUCAAGAGUGUUUUGCCUUCAACAUAGGAGCAGAGAUGCACAUGGUUGUCCUCUGGUUAGCUUGUGCAAUGAUCAUGUGAAGACAACAGAGAACACCCUAUAUCCUUGUACAUUCAGAGACUGCAUUGAAAAAGAACUAGUGCAAAUGUUGUGUCCUUACUGUGAAAAACAUUUCUGUCUGAGACAUCGGCACCAACCAGACCACGAAUGUGAGAAACUCGAUAUUCAGAAACCUCGCAUGUUGGCCACACAGCAACUUGUGAAAGACAUUGUAGAUUCCAAAAAAUCAGCACCACCCAGCAAAGUUAGAAAAGGAGCAAAAAACAGUGAAACAGCGGCAAAGGUUGUUCUGAUGAAGCUUAAGCUGCAUGCUCUUGGGGAUAAGGGAUUGCCACAGUCAGAAAGGGUCUACCUUCAAGUCUACUUACCCAAAGACAACAAAGAGAAAAGUAAACCUAUGUUCUUUUGCAAGCAGUGGAGCAUGGGCAAAGUUGUGGAUUAUGCAGCUUCUUUGUCAAACCUUAAGAACGAUAACAACAAAUCCACUGCCAAGAAACUUAGAGUGUGCCACGUAGAUACAGGAGAGGCUUUACCUCUGGACAGUACUUUGGAAAUGUGGCUUUCCAGACCCAGCAACCCUUUGUAUAACGGUGGAAAUAUUAUCGUAGAAUAUCUUGACAACGAGUCGCAUAAUAUAGAAGAUACCAACACUUAUCUAUUGUGACAUCUGUGGAAAAUAAAUACUUUUUAAAAUUA